CGGCACGCCCCCCUCUCCUGCUGCUGCUGCUGGCCGUUCGCCUGUAGCUGUUUUGGAUCAAGGACGCUGUCUCGAGCGUCACGGUUUUCUGACCCCGCGCCCUGUGCUCCGCUCCGGCGUGGCACCCUUUUCCGCACCCCAUGCCCCGUAAGCCGAUCGUCGGUGGCAACUGGAAGUGCAACCCGGACUCGGUGUCCAAGCUGGAUGAGCUGAUCGUGAACAUCAACGACUGCGACACCAGCGGCUGCGACGUCUACGUGUGCCCCUCCCCCCUGCACGUGUUCUACUGCAGCGACAAGUUCAAGAACGGCGCGAUGGUCACCCCCCAGAACUGCAACUUCAAGGGCUGCGGCGCCUUCACGGGCGAGAUGGCCGUGGAGCAGAUGAAGGACAUGGGCCUCAAGUGCGUGCUGAUGGGCCACUCGGAGCGCCGCGGUGAGUUCGGCAUCUUCCCGAUGGACGACAACUCCACCCUGGCGACGAAGCUCAAGUACGCGCUCGACGCAGGCCUGCAGGUGGUGUUCUGCAUCGGCGAGCCGCUGUCCAUCCGGGAGAAGGGCCUCGACGCCGUCCUGGCCGAGAUGGACGUGCAGCUCACGCAGAUCUACGGCCUCCUCGACCCGGCGAAGGUGGUGAUCGCCUACGAGCCCGUCUGGGCCAUCGGCACCGGCGUCACCGCCAGCCCCCAAGACGCGCAGGACACGCACGCCGGCAUCCGCAAGCUGAUCGCCGAGAAGGCAUCCCCGGAGGUCGCCGAGGGCAUCCGCAUCCAGUACGGCGGGUCCGCGAACGCCAAGAACGCCCCGGAGCUCUCGGCGAUGCCGGACAUCGACGGCUUCCUGGUCGGCGGCGCCUCGCUGAAGCCCGAGUUCAAGGAGAUCGUGGCCGCGAUCAGCAAGGCCAAGGCCGCCUGAGCGUUUUGCCGCAGCCCUUGACGCUCUGAGCCGCUUGAAAACAUAGUCCUCUAAAU